UUAUCAACUUAAACACUUUUCACUUGUUACUUGAUUGUUGUGGUUGAUUGUGAAGUAGAUUGUUCAUUUUUUCCUUUAACUUUAUUAUAACACUUAUCUUUUUUUUUUACCUUUUCGUUUCAAAGUAAGGAAAAGUUUUUUUUCUGUUUAUCCUGAUUUUGUGAUUAACUUUUUGAUUAUCUCAUCCAAACAUUAAAUCGUAACACCAUCAAUGGAUUAACAUUGAUUAAAGUUAACUACUCGGCUAAUUACAGAUUAUCAAUGAGAUUCCAGUGCCAAUAAUUGAAUACAUGAGAUGUGCCCAAUGGAUGAAAGUGUUUUAGUUAACCAUUGAUUUAAUUUUUCGUCGGUGUCAAUUGGAUUGUUAAUUUGAAAAACGCAAUUAAUUGUCAACACACAGAUUAAUUAAUCUAAUCUCGUUUGAACUGUGUUAAUCUUGAUUUACUGUCUUAAAUGUUAACAGUAUAUUAAUUUUGUCCCCUUUAAUUGAAUCAAAAUUUACUGAUGAUCAUCAAAAUAUUGAAAUGAGGUCAAUUGUUAACCAUAUUGUUAAUCAUUCAACUAAUCAACAGCAAUCUCAAUCAACGGCGACAUCAUCAACAUCAUUAUCCUCAAAUUCAACAAUAACAACAAUACCACAACCAUCAACAAUUAAUAAUAAUAAUAAUAAUAAUGUAAAUCAAAUUGAAGUUAACCAACAGCAACGACAAUUAAACAACACCAACGUAAAUCAUGUUAAUCAACUUGAACAUAAUAAUAACACCGCCAAUGAAACUAAUCAUUUAAAUAGUGUAAAUAAUCAAGAUAAUAAUAUGACAAGCACAACAACUAAUCAUGUUAAUCAUGACAAUCAAUCAUCGUCCAUAUUGCGACAAUCACUAAUCGGAUCUAAUACAAGGAGGACAUUGAAAGGAUUAUGGCCAAACGGAUUAUCCCCUUUCUUUGCAUCACUUUUGUGUUGUGCUAAUUUUUAUACAAUUUGUCGUUUCUCAUUAUUAACUUAUUUUCUCAAAGGGCCAUUUCUAGUUGAAUUUACCUUCAUAAGUAUUUUUUGUGGUCUUCCUUUCCUACUGUUUCUAAUGGUCCUUGGUCAGUACCUUGGCUCUGGUUACCUUGAUAUGUGGUUUAUAUCACCGAUUUUCAAAGGAAUUGGUGCAGCUUUCUUAUUCUGUUAUUCAAUUAUCUCUAUUUACUCAAUGGUUCCAAUCUCAUGGCUUCUCGUUUACCUGAGAGAUUCAUUUUUAACUACCCGCGAUUCAGCCUACAAGUGGACUUAUUGUAAUCGACGUUAUAAUGGUGAAAGAUGUUUCAAGGCCUGGAAUAGUUCAACUUAUGCCAAUGAUUACCUUGGAUGGUCAGUCUCAGGAUAUUAUCAUAAUACCGUUUUAGGUCAACAAGAUAACGGCCGAUUCUCGGCUUACGCUAAACUGAACAUUAUCCUUAAUCUUGCGUUGAUUUGGAUCCUAAUUUUUGUCCUUCUCUUCCGGGGUAUUCAUCAUUCUGCUCGGAUGAUAAUUUUCUUUGGAACUUUUCCUUUUAUCAUGUUUACCUUUGUUAUCAUUCGUUUCGUUGAGGAAUUUGGUUCAGGGGUUGGUGGAAUUUUCGUCCUUCCCGAUAACUCGAAACCCUUUCUUGGUGAUUCAACUUCCUGGCAUUUUGCCGCUCGUGAAUCAUUCCUGGUUUGGACACUUUUCGGUUGCAUCAUCAUGAAUAUUUAUGGAUCAUCACGACCUGGAGUCUCACUAAUUAAACACUGUUCAUGCUUAUUCCUGUUAACCAUGGUGAUUCUGAUCUCAUCUAGUUGCUUCUUAGCCUCAUGCAUGCAGAUUAUAAGCUCAUCUAACCUUGAAUACGUUUUCUCAUCUUUCGAGAAAUAUGGAACCGUUAAUUUCGUUCGAGAUUUACCUGGACCUAAAUAUCGAUCUAAGGUGACCUUAGAAUCGGGAGUUAAUCUAUUUCUGGGUGAGAAUCUAUUCUCAUUGGAGUCGAAAAAUUUUCUAAGUCAAUAUCAGGUUCUUCGUUGGGCAACAGAGAUCAUGCCCUUGGCCCUUGCUCUUAAAGGUUCGAAGGUCAUCUCGUCUUUUUGGGCCACUUCGUUUUACCUUUCGGGAAUUUUGAUCUCCUUUGGUACUCAUCUUGUGCUCUGGGGAACUUUGAUUGAAACAAUUAUAUCAAUUUCACCUGAUUCAUUACGACAAUCAAAGACAACCAUUGCCUUUAUUACUUCAAUCAUUGGUUUCUCCCUAUCAGUUGCCAUUAAUUCAUGGACCAAUGAUCAUAUUAUUUACUUUUUGGACUCCUGUUUAUCAUCAAUCUGUUGGAUUGCUUGUCUUUACCUGCUCAUGAUACUGGUCAUCUUUGUUGUCCGAGGAAAACCCUGUACACCUCAUGAUCUAGUCUCUAAUUUAACUAAGGAUCAAAAGUUAAUUACUUGGUUAACACCAAUACUGACCUUCCAUUGGAGUCUAAUGAUUCCUGCUACUUUAACGAUAUUAUCCAUGUUAUUCACAAGAUCUUAUCUUGGCUUUGAGCUUUCCUGGUUCCAGGUAAUAUUCACCUAUCCUUUUUGGCCAUUUCGAGUUGCGAUUACCUGGAAUAUAUUACAAUUAGCUCCUCUUUACAUUGUAUCAAUUUACGGAUUAAUGAAGUUCCUGAUGAGCCUUUGCACCUCUCGAGAAAAACCUUUAUCAACACGAUUACGAGAUCUUUUCGCACCAGAGAUAAUCAUCUAUGAGCCCGAUAUUCCAUCGUUUUUUCUUGACCCUUCUGGUCAACAUUUCCGUCUUCCCUUGCAACACUCUAACCACCAUCACCAUCACCAUGGUCACCCAGUUCAUGGUCAUUACCACCAUCAUUGUACCGAAGCACCACCCGACCCACCACCAAAAUAUUCACCACCGCCUUCAUAUUCAUCGGCCACUGCGAAACCUUUAAUGAAACAAUUUCGUUCACGUUUCUCCUCAAAUAUUACCAUUGACAUCCCUUUCCUUAAUAGUAAUCAUAAUAACAACAACAAUCAAGAUUCAAUUGCAACUGAAUCAACUGUUAAUAGUAAUGAACAAUCAGAUCUGCAAGCAAAAUGUUCAACAACAACAGUUAACAAACAAUUAAGAUCAAAAUUAUCAUCUAAAAGUUGAAACUUUUUGGGGAAAAAAGUUUAAAAUUUCAAUCUAUUUUUUAGUAAUUGAAUUAUUGUUUCAAACAGAACAACUAAUUGUCAUUAAUUAACCAAUUUCAUCAUGUAAUUGUCAUCAAAUUGCCAAUCAUCUAGUCUUUAUAUUUACAUGAGAGAGCAACGAGAAAAACAAAACAAAUCUAUUCUAAAUAAAGUCGAAAUUAAUUUUAAAAUUUUUUAUUUACAAUUCUAAUAUAAUACAAUUGUUACAAUUCUGAUAGCAAAAUGUUACAAACCGAUUAAUCAAUCAUAUUGAAUGAUAUGAAUGCUUAUCAAAUUAACGUAAUAUAAUGUAAUUAAUAAAUAUAAUUAGAUUAGUUGAAAAGUUAAAAGGAAGACAAAAAAACACUUUAAAGUCACGUGACGUUAAUUCUGGGCUCGGAUGCUUAAAAUAACGUCGUUGGAAAAGUUUUGCCUUCUUCACGUCGACGUGUUUAGAGUUCGAGAAGUUAAAGAAACAGAGAUUCGAAGAGGCUACUUGAGGAAGAUCCAAGAAAGAGGAAGAAAAAAGAAAAGAUCAUCAUCAUCCUUAUCAUCUUUCUCUCUCUCUAUCUUUCUUUCUUUCUCAUCUUUCUCAUCUUCAUCUUCAUCCUCAUUCAUCUCUAUGUAUGUGUUUCCACUCUUACAAGUUGUUCCAAUUAUUGUAGUUACUAGAAAUUCACUUUAUCCUCCAUAAUUUUUGAUUCUCUUUCUUUUUCCUCUUUCUUUCCUUUAUCUUCCUCAUCUUCUUCUUGUACCGUUAUCUAUUAUACCAAUAAGACAAGAAGAAGAGAGAAAAUAAUAUCAAAAA